CCCUUGGGAAAAAUAACACGCAAAUAUUGGCAAAGAAAGGAGAGAUAAAAGAGGAAUAAUGAAAGAAAACAAAAAUAAGGGUGUUUGUUUACCAAGUUGGUGGUGGUGGUGGUGGCGGAGCGUGACACUUCCUCGACUAUUUUUGCAAUUUUAAGGGGAAAUUUCAUUUCGAAUCAUUCCACCUGGACACAACGUUGGGAAUAAAAGAAGACAAUUGCAGACACUGAAAAAGAGGCAAGUUUUCAGAAAUUAUAAAAAGACAAAAGCAUAAAACUUGCAGUGGUAAAUCAGAAAACAAGGAACACAACUUGGCACCAUCAGAGGAACAACAUCACCACAACUGGAAACUAGAAACAUCAAAAAAAAGAAAGAACAAAACUAGAUGUGAAUGCAUUUGUAGGAACUUAAGUGUUACUAUUAGCAAGAUAAAUAAUUAAGUAGUAGUGUAAGUGUGGAAGUGAAGCAACAUUGGUGUAAUAAAGACAGCAUUGUGUAGAGGGAGAACCAGGAAGAGGAAAAAAGAGAGGCACUCCUUUAGAAAAUGAAGCAGUAACUAAACGGAAGACUGGCUGAAAUACAUAGCAAAAACAAACCCGCAUUCCAUCAAGCCACCAUGAUUCUAUAGCAGGCCUACAACCGACGCACAGACGGACGGAUAAACACACCCAUAAGAAAAAAAGGGAGAAAAAAAAAAAACACAAAAAAUAAUAAUAAUAAUAAAAAAAAAAAAAAGAGCACUGGUUACACGCACACAUCAGAGAAAACGGCAGAAAGACACAGUAGAGAAUGGAGUGCAGUGACUUUGGCCUACCAAGGAGACAUGGGAACCUGAUCGACCUGAACCCUGUAAAUGGUAACUUGAUCAAUAUAAAGCCUAUAAACGGAAACUUGAUAGAUGUGAACGCCCGCAAUGGGGAGCUGAUGGAUGUGAAGGAGAUCGGAGUGGUGGAGAAUGGGGUGGUGGUGGGACGCAAGGCUCACCUGCAGGAGCGCCUCGACCGCCUUGAGGUGCUCUACCGCGACACCCGACAGGAACUAGAGGCAACGCGUGAGACCCUUACGAGGUUCCAGCCUCUGCAGCUGCCCGGCCCCACACAUGCCCUUUGGCCAGGCGGGUUGAUACACAGCUCCUGCACCACGUCAGCCACACCAGGCCUUGAGGACACUAAAAUCUAUGAGGGAGGAGGCAGCAGCAGCGGUGGCGGAGGUUAUGGCGGGAACAGUGGUGGGACUUUCAAGAUUUUUGUUGGCAACUUGAGUGACCUGACCAGCCCAACUGACCUGCGCGAGGCCUUUGGACACUUCGGGGUGGUGGUGGAGGCUGAUGUGCUGAAGAAUUACGGGUUUGUGCACAUGUUAGGAGAGGAGGAGGGACUGCGCGCCAUCACAGCUCUCAAUGGCAGGAUGCUGAAUGGAAAGCCACUGAUUGUUGCUGUCUCAACCUGCGGCCGACGGUCUAAUGAUCACUCCUCCCACUACAGAGACUCCAAGCCUGAGAGGCACAGACAUGGAGGUGGCGGUGGUGGUGGAGGCAGCAGUGGAUCAGGCUCCAACUUCAAGAUCUUUGUGGGAAAUUUGAGUCACUGCGCCACCAGUGCAGACAUCAGGAACUUGUUUGAGCAGUAUGGGACCAUUGCUGAGGCUGACGUCAUUACUGCAAGGGGUGUGAAGACCUAUGGCUUUGUCCACAUGGUGUCUCGUGUUGAUGGGGAAGCUGCCAUUGCUGCUCUCAAUGGUUACGUUCUGCACGGAAGGCCCAUGGUGGUAGCAGCCUCCACAGGGACACGGAGAUCCGGGCCACAGAGGAUAAAGAUCUUUGUGGGAAAUGUGAGCCCCCACACAACAACACAGGAGCUGCGCAACCUCUUCCAGUCCUAUGGCAAUGUGGUAGAGGCGGACAUCCUCAGCAAUUAUGCUUUUGUGCACAUGGACAACAUAAGUCAGGGCAAGAGGGCCAUUCGUGAACUGGAUGGAUAUGAACUGCAUGGGUCACCCCUCUCAGUCCAGGAGUCCCGCAGUCAGCCCUUCCAGCACUCACCCUCUCCCCUGCCCCCUGCCGAGCCCCAGUUCAACAGGGCCCCUGCCAGCCACCCCCAGAACUACUACAGGGAGCCACCCCCACCAGAUCCCUGCCCACCCCCAGCUGCCUUGUAUGAGCCCCAGUACAGCCGCCCUCCAAGCUACUACAGGGGACGCUACGACCCCUACCUUCCCCUGCCAGCACCUCACCAUGCCAGGGGCUGGGGCGAGGAACACAGGGAGAAUUACUACGAGCGCUACCCAGACCAGCCACCUCCGAACCUGGACUACGGCUGCCCUCCCCAGCCUCCCUCUCCGCCACGGUACAACAGCCAGCGACCUUUCUAAGCUCUCCCGUCCCCCAUGACACCCACUUUGGUGUGGACCUUUCCUGGCACUUCCGACGGCCCUCCUGCCUCCCUCCCUCCCUCGUGCCACACUCCCGCGGGGCCGAGUGCCGCCCUGCAGCACUGGCGUUCCUGUCCCUGGCACCCACCUGACGUUUGCGAUAAUUACUGCCGCCGCUCCCUCUACUACUGUAGCCGUAACGUUUUUAAUGUCGUUGAGGUUCUCGUUUAUAUCCGUAGCGCCUCCGUUCUUUCGCAUUCUUUAUUUAUACUGAUAGUGCUUUUUUUUCAUCCCUUAGUUUAUUUAUACUGGUAGAUUUAUGUUUUAGUUACCCCUGUGUACAGCCUUCGUCCACGGGGUCCAGGACGCAGAGUGUAAAUACUGGUACAAAAUCCUUAUCCCACUACUGUUUUCCCCUCAGUAAUCUCCUCCUCAGUAUAGACGCACUAUCGCCAGAGGUUGCUAAGGGGAAAGGAGCAGCAGUGUGGUAAUAUUUUGUGCCAGACUGUCACUCUUCGUCCUGAACUUCAACAUACAUGGGUUAUUCUUUAUUUCUUAUCAGUAGUUUUUUCCUGCCAGUCACUUUAUAUUUCUUUAUUUAGGGAUGGACUGACAGAAGUUAAUAGAUUAUUUUCUGUAGUUAUUUCCUCACUGGUAGUUGCUAAUCCUGAAACCAUAUGUUCACUCUUAUAUUAUAAUUGUUUGGGAUCACCACAAAUAAUCAAUAAACUUAGACAUUAUGUGAAUGUUUAUUGGAUUUGAUAUUAUUGUUUAAAUAAUGAAUAUUCUGUUCCGAAGCAGGUUAAUAAUGAAUUGGUAACCGUCUGCUGUCAUUCUGGUGUCUGUCUGUCAAACAAAUUAUUAUCAAGUAUUCAAAAUGGAGGCUAACUAUUAUUUCCUAAUUCCUAGUUGUAUGUUUAGUGAUAAGUGAGCAGCUGACUGACAAACUCCUCUUAGGCUGAAGACAGUAGGCCUAUGUGAUUUGUCAGCCUGCUGUUGGCCACCUCACUACAUAUGGAAAUAAUAUUAAGAAACUACUUAUAUUCACCAAACUAAGUUAUUCAUAAUUUUAAUGGAGUCUGAAGAUGAACGCUGCAAAUACCUCCUCUACAACACCUGUCCAUAAGGAAGAUUAGUGACUAGUUUGCUGUGAAUCAUGCAAGUGUAAUUAAACCAUGUCAAGACGUCAAAUUAUCUGAAUAAAAUCUUUUGCAAAACAGUGCACAAAACAACACA